AUGUUCCAAGCCACCGAAGAAUUCCUCACCUUCCGUCUCUUCUGUACCGAUACAUCACCGGAGCUGUCAGGUGCGUUCGAGUCUACGAGGUGGAAUCGCAUUGCCCUACAAGAGAGCCAUCAGUACGCAUUUCUCAGACACGCAAUAGUCACAAUCGGUAGCCUGAGCAAGAACAUCAAAGAAACUCUGAAUAAGAAUGAUAUCCCACCAUCCACUGGUCCAGAGCUAUGGAACAACCCACCCGUUUGGCUUAGAGGAAACAAUGAUUUCGCCUUGAGACAAUACAACAAAUUUCUGCGCGGCUCGCGACAAGCGCUCGUCACCGGGCCUGAAGGUCAAAGACUCGCCCUCAUAGUCUGCCUACUCAUAAUCUGUAUCGAGACGCUACAAUGGCAUCACCUUCAAGUCCUCUCUCAUAUCUACAGCGGCGUGCAACUUCUUGACUCUUUCCUCGCCAGCCAGGAAGUCGCCAUGCAAGCGGGAUUCCCACCAUACAUCAUAGAAAGCGAAAUCAUCGUGCAGUUCCGCAUGCUCGAAGUGGAAGCCAAGAUGCUGUUCGAUCCAUUCCCAGCUUCAAAUCACCAUAUUCAGAAUCUCGAAGGCCAGGUUCUGACUUCUUCCAUGCCGGAAUCAUUCUCUAGUGUCAAUGAAGCAAAAUACUACCUCGAUCUCAUCACUCGUCGAAUACGACACUUCAUCGCCUCAUCCCGACCAGUCAAGCCCUCAAAAACUAAUUCUGGGCAUGUGGAUACCUCUUGCAUCGACCCUGAAUUACUCAGUCUCACACCUCCAGGUCUCCGUAGCACGUUCGACAACCCUUCCCCUCCAUCCGUCCUUACAAGGGACCUCAAUUUCUAUACCUCCCUCACACACCUCACAUCUCUCCUAUCUACCUGGCAAUCAAGCUUCACGCCUCUCUUCCAGUCUGCCACCGACCCGUCGUCUCCAGCCUACCUCCCAACUCUUCUCCUGGCGAUCUCCUCCGAAGCCUUAACCAUCAACCUUGACACCGUAUUCAGCACCUCAACAUCACUCCUCCUUGCAUACGAUACCCACUUCUCCUCUUUCACCCGCAUCGUCGCUCUCUCCUCCACAAUCCUGCACCACCCUUCUUGUGCUUCUUUCCUCUCGCAAAACAAUAACAUAACAUCGUCCACCGGCCUAAUUGGCCCACUCCGUCUCGUCGCCGAGAAGUGCCGCAACCGCACACUUCGCCAUGAAGCUAUAUCUCUCCUUCGUCUCCGACCCUGGCGCGAAGGGGUCUGGUGGUCCUGCAGCAGCGCACAACUUGGUGCGUGGCUCGCUGCUGUAGAGGAAGAAGAUGUGGAUGAGAGAGAGGAAGUGAUGCCGGAGUGGGCGAGGGCGAGGUUGUUGGAGGUGGGUAUUUGGGAGGAGGGGGUGGUGACGACUGUCAAGGUUGUAGGUGUUCGGGGGGAAGGGAACGACGCGGCGGUCAGGGUUGGAGAGUGGGUUUGGAGGGUUUGCGGGGAGGAGGAGGGGGUGGGUGUUGUGGUUGGUGGGUGGGAGAGAGAUGUGGGGAGGUUGGUGAGUGUUGGUAGUGGGUUUGAGGAGGUUGGUGAGUGUUGGUAG